CCGAGGACGGAGCAGGCUCGCGCGCGUGCAUCCCGCUCCGGCCCCGGCCCCGGCCCCGGCCCGCCUCAGACCGAGCUGCCGCCGCCGCCACAGCAGCAGCAGCAGCGCGCGGGGAUCCGGGCCCAGCCGGGGCCGCGGGAGGCGGGGGCGCCCGGGCCCUGGAUGUCCCGCAGCGCGGCGGCCAGCGGUGGACCCAGGAGGCCUGAGCAGCAUUUGCCCCCAGCCCCCUGUGGGGCCCCGGGGCUCCCUGAAACUUCCAGGACGGAGCCAGACGGGGCGGGCACCAUGAAUAAGUUACGGCAGAGCCUACGCCGGCGGAAGCCAGCCUACGUGCCCGAGGCCUCGCGCCCGCACCAGUGGCAGGCGGACGAAGACGCUGUGCGCAAGGGCACGUGCAGCUUCCCAGUCAGGUACCUGGGCCAUGUGGAGGUGGAAGAGUCCCGGGGCAUGCAUGUGUGUGAAGAUGCUGUGAAGAAGCUGAAGGCGAUGGGCAGGAAAUCCGUAAAGUCAGUCCUGUGGGUGUCAGCCGACGGACUCCGCGUGGUGGAUGACAAGACCAAGGACCUGCUAGUAGACCAGACCAUCGAAAAAGUCUCCUUUUGUGCUCCUGACCGCAACCUGGACAAAGCGUUCUCCUAUAUCUGCCGGGACGGGACCACCCGCCGCUGGAUCUGCCACUGUUUUCUGGCUCUCAAGGACUCUGGUGAGAGGCUGAGCCAUGCCGUGGGCUGUGCCUUUGCUGCCUGCCUGGAGCGGAAACAGCGGCGGGAGAAGGAAUGUGGGGUCACCGCUGCCUUUGACGCCAGCCGCACCAGCUUUGCCCGGGAGGGCUCCUUCCGUGGGCGGCCGGCUGAGCGCGAGGUCCCUGACAAAAAGAAAGCAGAGGCAGCAGCUGCCCCCACUGCAACUCCUGGCCCUGCCCAGCCUGGGCAUGUGUCCCCGACACCGGCCACCACAUCCCCUGGUGAGAAGGGUGAGGCGGGCACGCCAGUGGCAGCGGGCACCACUGCAGCGGCCAUCCCUCGGCGCCACGCCCCCCUGGAGCAGCUGGUUCGCCAGGGCUCCUUUCGUGGGUUCCCAGCGCUGAGCCAGAAGAACUCGCCUUUCAAACGGCAGCUGAGCCUGCGCCUGAAUGAGCUGCCAUCCACGCUGCAGCGCCGCACUGACUUCCAGGUGAAGGGCACAGUGCCUGAGAUGGAGCCUCCCGGUGCCAGUGACAGUGACGGGAUCAACGCCCUGUGCACGCAGAUCAGCUCGUCUUUUGCCAGCGCCGGAGCCCCCGCACCGGGCCCAGCGCCAGCCUCAGCAGGGACUUCUGCCUGGGGCGAACCCACCGUGCCCCCCGCAGCUGCCUUCCAGCCCGGGCACAAGCGGACCCCUUCAGAGGCCGAGAGAUGGCUGGAAGAGGUGUCCCAGGUGGCCAAAGCACAGCAGCAGCAGCAGCAGCAGCAACAGCAGCAAGCGGCCUCAAUGCCCACUGUGCCCCCUGUGCCCCCUGUGCCUCCAGCCCUGCAGCCCUUCCCCGCCCCCAUGGGGCCCUUCGACGCCACACCUGCCCAGGUGGCUGUGUUCCUGCCACCCCCACACAUGCAGCCCCCCUUUGUGCCCGCCUAUCCGGGAUUGGGCUACCCGCCCAUGCCCCGGGUGCCCGUGGUGGGCAUCACUCCCUCACAGAUGGUAGCCAAUGCCUUCUGCUCAGCCGCCCAGCUCCAGCCCCAGCCUGCUACCCUGCUCGGGAAAGCUGGGGCCUUCCCUCCUCCCAUGGCACCCAGUGCCCCUGGGACACAGGCCCGCCCACGCCCCAAUGGGGCUCCCUGGCCCCCAGAGCCGACACCUGCCCCAGCCCCUGAAUUGGACCCCUUUGAGGCCCAGUGGGCAGCGCUAGAAGGCAAACCCGCUGCAGAGAAACCGCCCAACCCCUUCUCGGGGGACCUGCAGAAGACCUUCGAGAUUGAACUGUAGCCCAAGCUGCCCCACCCACUCAUCAUCUCCUGGUGCCCCACGCCUGGGAGUGGAGGCCCAACCUCGUCCCUCAUCCUGCUCCCGGGGGCUGUGCCCCCCAAAUCCCCUCAGCCCCUGCUCUCAACCACCCCCCACAACCACUACAGAACCGACAUGGUGACGCCCAGGCUGUGACAGGAUGGAAUUCAGGGACGGACUCAGCCUGGCUGAGGGACCCAUUUCACCGCCAGACUUAAGCUGGCAGUGCCCCUUGCCACCCACACCCCAAACACAGGAGUGGCCACAACCCCACUCAGUACCCUCCACUCAAGCUUCAUUCCCCAGUUUCUGUUGUUGACCUUCCACCUUCCAGUGUUGGGUGGGAUGGAGGCGGGAUGCCCACUUUGGGGCUCUCCUGGGCCCCACCCGAGUGCCCAAGUCUGGUCGUCCCCCCCAUACUCAGCACAAGCAAAGGGCUUCCCUCUGCCCACCCGCUGCGUUCACUGCCAAUGCUGUGCUCACCCUCCCCCCAACUUGGGGGCCCACCUCUUUCUCGGGCCUAGUUCUCAUGGGGGCGGGGGCAGGAGGCGGGGU